AGAAUGGAGGAGGCGGUUGCUUACUGCGGGCACCAAUGGGAGAGGCGGAAAGGAGGAAGGAAGUUGGGGUUGGAGGAGUGGGUGAAGAAUUCAGUGGGAAAAGGGGUUUCUUCCUCUGUGAACUGCUGCGAGCUGGGAGCGUUGCUUAGCAACAGUUAGUAAUGAAGAGAAACAACUGGGGAGGCAGAGAAAACCAGAUCUGGAGCAAUCGCAGGCAAACCUACAAUACCCAACCAUACAGGGCACGCAACCACUGGCAUCACACAGGAAGGCAAGAAUAUGAACGAGCAGAAAGGCAAACUUCACAGAACCCAGAUACAAACCAAGCUGAAUCCCCCUCUACAUCUUCUAGUGUGUGCCAGAACUCUCCAGUGCCUGAAUUACCAGGCUUUUAUUAUGAUCCUGAAAAGAACCGUUAUUUCCGUUUACUUCCUGGGGAUAACAACUGCAAUCCUCUCACCAGGGAAAGCAUUCAGCACAGAGAAAUGGAAUGUCAGAGGCUGAGACUUCUUGAAGAGGAGAAGAAAUGUAUAAAAAAAACAUCCAGGUGUGGGUUGAAUUCCUCAAUGAUCUUACGCAAGAGGCAGUUAGGUUUGUACAGUUCAUUCAACUAUUCCAGGUUGAUUCAUGAAUUAAAGGUCAAUUGUAUGCAGAGAAGAAAAUUAGAAAUUAAGAGCCCAGAUUCUACAGUUUCUGGAAACAACUAUUUUAAACGUAUAGCGGCAGACACUGCUUAUGAAAGAAUAUUUACUGUGAAUGAUGUAGAGCAUGGAGGAUGUAAAUAUGGUAUUAUCAAUCUUAGUGGCCUAGGGAAGGAUUCUCUUACUGUGGAGAUGUAUGACAACCUCUACUUCACAAACCGCAAGGUGAAUUCUGUUUGUUGGGCCUCGUUGAGUCAUCCAGAUUCCCAUGUUUUGCUGUGCCUCAUGGGUGUUGCAGAAACACUAGGCUGUGCCAGUUUGCUCCCUGCAUCCUUAUUCAGCAACUCUAAUACAGGAGACCAACCAGGAAUGUUGUGCAGCUUUAAGAUCCCCACAGCCUGGUCCUGUGCCUGGUGUUUAAAUCCUCAGGCUGACAACUGCUUUAGUACAGGUUUAAGUCAAAAAGUACUUGUGACCAAUACAGUAACUGGUCAUCGGCAGACGUUUGAUACCAGCAGUGAUGUCCUAGCACAGCAGUUUGCUACCCAGACUCCAAUGCUAUAUAAUGGCUGCCGUUCAGGGGAGAUUUUCAGCAUUGACGUUCGUCAGCGUGCCCAUAAAGGGCAGACAUGGAAGGCCAUUCGUCUUUUCCAUCAUUCAGCAGUCACAUCCGUUAAUGUUUUGAAAGAUGAGCAUUACCUUAUGGUUGCAGACAUGGAAGGCCAGGUAAAACUCUGGGACCUGAGAAAACUAAAAUGUGUGAAAGAAUACAGAGGCCAUCACAAUGAACAUGCCACUCUCCCUUUGCACAUCAGUGAGGAAGAGGGGUUUCUUACAAUAGUGGGUCAGGACUGUUAUACACGAAUUUGGAGCCUCCAAGAUACUCACUUGCUACGGACGAUCCCUUCUCCAUAUCCAUCUUCCACGGACUCCAUCCCAAGUGUAGUGUUCUCAUCGCGGCUCGGAGGCACCCGAGGAGUUCCUGGCCUGCUUAUGGCAGUCAGGCAGGAUCUGUACUAUUUUUCAUAUAAGUCAGAUGACCCUUAUUGCCUAUAUACUCAAGACAUGGACCAUUCCAUUCUCCUUAGUGACUGAAAAAUAACAAUAUAACUGGAAUCUAAAUUAUUAGGGUAUGGACGUGGCUUGUUGUUCUUUUCAUCCGUAACAUUUUGGAGCUUCAUAAUAAUGUCAAGAACAUUUUUUUCUAUAUUUUUAUGGAGUAUCAAAAAUAAAUUUAAAAUGAUUAUGUUUUGCUCUUUCCAAAAA